AAAUCCUAUCUUAAAAUAGACUGUUGUCUUGAUGAUUGUAAAAGAAGUGUAGUACCAGUUACUGUUGGGAACCUGUGUUGAUCAAUGAAUCAUGUGACAAGCCAGCAGCAUGACCAAGAGUUAAUUAUUUCACAGCAGUGGAAGUUGUGUCAGUUGAAAUUUGAUCGUUCGUUCAGUUUUUUUAACUCAGUAACUGAUACUAAUGAUGUGGAUGUUUAUCCUGUAUCCCUUAGCAACUGCUGUUGUGGGUCUGAUCAGCAUAUAUUUCUUCUUCCCUCAAAUGCUUGUUCAGCUUGGUUUAAGGUUGUACCAGUAUCUGAGUCACAUGGAGAUCAAGUAUAUAGGAGAAGAUGGUUUUAUCUACUGCUAUGCUGAGCGAGGUCGCCCAACUCCUGGCAAAUCAUCGAUUCUUUUCAUCCAUGGAUUCACCGCGUCGAAGGAUCAGUUCAUGCAGUUCUUUAAGAAGUUGUCUCACGACAUUCACCUGGUGGCAGUUGAUCUUCCCGGGCACGGUGCAACCAGCACUCCAAGCGAGAGUGAGGACGUCUCUUUUGACCUGUUCCUCGAGAAGAUACACACGUUUGUAGAACUUGUUGGUUUGGACAAAAGUCCAUUUCACCUGAUUGGGACGUCACUUGGAGGCGCGAUCUCGGGUCUGUAUGCUUCUCGAUAUCCCGAGCAGAUUGAACGACUGACGCUGAUCUGUCCAGCAAUGAAGACGCCGACCGAGUCAGAUUUUUUCAAGCAGGUGGACAAGGCGAUCGAGAAGGGGGACGAGUUCACAGUUCACGAUUGCUCACUACUCCCACAGGACGCAGAGGCAUUGCAGAACAUGUUGGACAUGUGUGUCUACCACAAAACCAAGAUUGACAAACAGCUACUCAAAGGAUUAGUUGAAAUACGAAAGCCACGGAAUGAAUUCUUCUUGAAAAUGUUUAAGAAGCUGUCAUCUGUGGACAACAAGAAGCUGUUGGAAGAGAUUGUGCACAAACUGACGAUGCCCACACAUCUGAUAUGGGGAAAACACGACGAGAUUGUUCACCCAAGCGGUCUGAACCUUCUAGAGGAAAAGCUCACCAACUGUCAGCGUGUGGACCUCAUUGACGAGUGCGGUCACUCUGUGAUCAUAGACCGGCCGGGCGCUACCAUCAAAGCUGUGUUGAUGUUUAGGGGAGAACACGGGUCAUUCAGCAGAACCUCAUCGGGCUAACACCUUGUUUUGGAAUAGAAGAAUGCAACUGAUGAUUCAGCAAUAUCUAUGUUUCAGAAUAACAAUUCACAGUUUUAACACAUUCACCACCUGAAUUCAGGACAGCAGUUCAAACUGCUUUGUUGUCAAGGUGUUCAAUUGUUCGGUGAUGGUGCAGUGUUUGUUGUGGAAUCCGUCCACUGACUAACCUGUCUAGAUUUUACAGUCGAUAUAAUUAGAAAAUUGGGUGUUUUUUAAUGACUCAACAGUACACAUUGUUAGAGGCAUCCAUAGAGUAUGUAGCCUGGCAGUGACCUACUUUCUCUUGAACCAUGUCCAAUGUUUCACCAGCUUUUAAAAUAUUUUCAUCUAGCUUGUACCUUGGUACAUUUAGUCCAACACUACUCAGUUUUGCAAUCCAGUCAUGAAUGUUUUAUCUGCAAAACCCCUAGAGUUCUUUCACAACUGCUAUGACAUCAUCGCUACCAAAUUAUCUGCUCCUAAUUCCACUUUGACUUUAAAAAAUAAGUAAGAGUGUGGAGAUGCUAAAUUAAAUAAAAGUGAGUACAGUGGGAUGAAAACAAGUGGAGGAUGCUCUCUGCAGUUACUGCACAUCUACUUUUCACAGCAUGUUGAACCCGACUUAUAAAUCAUUCUGACUCUUGUAGGAGGAAAACAAGUGGAGGAUGCUCUCUGCAGUUACUGCACAUCUACUUUUCACAGCAUGUCGAACCCAACGUAUAAAUCAUUCUGACUCUUGUAGGAGGAAAACAUGUGGAGGAUGCUCUCUGCAGUUACUGCACAUCUACUUUUCACAGCAUGUCGAACCCGACGUAUAAAUCAUUCUGACUCUUGUAGGAGGAAAACAAGUGGAGGAUGCUCUCUGCAGUUACUGCACAUCUACUUUUCACAGCAUGUCGAACCCGACGUAUAAAUCAUUCUGACUCUUGUAGGAGGAAAACAAGUGGAGGAUGCUCUCUGCAGUUACUGCACAUCUACUUUUCACAGCAUGUCGAACCCGACGUAUAAAUCAUUCUGACUCUUGUAGGAGGAAAACAAGUGGAGGAUGCUCUCUGCAGUUACUGCACAUCUACUUUUCAAGGCAUGUCGAACCCGACGUAUAAAUCAUUCUGACUCUUGUAGGAGGAAAACAAGUGGAGGAUGCUCUCUGCAGUUACUGCACAUCUACUUUUCACAGCAUGUUGAACCCGACUUAUAAAUCAUUCCGACUCUUGUAGGAGGAAAACAAGUGGAGGAUGCUCUCUGCAGUUACUGCACAUCUACUUUUCACAGCAUGUCGAACCCGACUUAUAAAUCAUUCUGACUCUUGUAGGAGGAAAACAAGUGGAGGAUGCUCUCUGCAGUUACUGCACAUCUACUUUUCACAGCAUGUCGAACCCGACGUAUAAAUCAUUCUGACUUGUAGGAGGAAAACAUGUGGAAGAUGCUCUCUGCAGUUACUGCACAUCUACUUUUCACAGCAUGUUGAACCCGACUUAUAAAUCAUUCCGACUCUUGUAAGAGGAAAACAAGUGGAGGAUGCUCUCUGCAGUUACUGCACAUCUACUUUUCACAGCAUGUCGAACCCGACUUAUAAAUCAUUCUGACUCUUGUAGGAGGAAAACAAGUGGAGGAUGCUCUCUGCAGUUACUGCACAUCUACUUUUCACAGCAUGUCGAACCCGACUUAUAAAUCAUUCUGACUCUUGUAGGAGGAAAACAAGUGGAGGAUGCUCUCUGCAGUUACUGCACAUCUACUUUUCACAGCAUGUCGAACCCGACGUAUAAAUCAUUCUGACUUGUAGGAGGAAAACAUGUGGAAGAUGCUCUCUGCAGUUACUGCACAUCUACUUUUCACAGCAUGUUGAACCCGACUUAUAAAUCAUUCCGACUCUUGUAGGAGGAAAACAAGUGGAGGAUGCUCUCUGCAGUUACUGCACAUCUACUUUUCACAGCAUGUCGAACCCGACUUAUAAAUCAUUCCGACUCUUGUAGGAGGAAAACAAGUGGAGGAUGCUCUCUGCAGUUACUGCACAUCUACUUUUCACAGCAUGUUGAACCCGACGUAUAAAUCAUUUUGACUCUUGUUGAAAUUGCAUAUCAAGGCAAAAAAGAUAAAAUAUCAAUUCUUGGGCUCUUGAUCCACUGUUAAGAUUUUAAUGACUGAUAACAAUUGCUUGUUUAAACUCUGCAACCUUUUUUAUUUUUUAUGGAGCAUAAUAUUAACAAUUUUUGACUCUUAAAUCUUUUUAUCUUCAUGGAUUUGGUUUGAAAUAAUAUUUUUUCCGAUGAAGAUAUUUAAUCAGCACUCACAGCCUGGUAACAUUCAGAAUUGAAAAGACAAAGUGAUUGGGUUCAAUCCUUCAAAAUAACUUUUAAAAUGAAAAGCCAUAUAGAAGGUGUGACAUUGGCAGUUGUGCAUUGAAUAAUAGUACACUACAUUAACCACAUGGUUAGUCUAGUUAUUUUAUUAAGCAAGAUAUUUUAAGACUGUGGACUUUUGAAUUUCUUUAUAUAUUUUGAUCUCACUUUACAUAUUAGCUGUUGUUAAAUGACUUCGUUUUGGUGAUAAAUCAAAUGUGUUAUUUUGUUCAGUUUUAAAUAAAUAUUUGUUGUUUAUUUGUACUCCAUUAUGAAUAUUAUUAUUAUUAUUUAUUUGUACUAACUUAUAAAUAAAUUUAUUUA